AUGCCCACGGCCCGGGGAGCGAAAAGCAAUUUUGGGACGGUGCGUGGGCCAGGGACCUCUGUGGCUCUGUGGUUUACCCCACCUGCUCGCAGGAGAAAUGCCACCAAACCAGCCAAGACUCAACCCCGCGGGGACACGGCCAUCCCGGGGGGACACACUGCAGCCCCGCAGUCUCCCCCGGCCCUCGCCGCCCCUCGGGGUCCCGGCGUAGGGCGGUCGCCGUGUCCCGCUCUUGGUGACCAGGGCCCGUUCCACCAGGCGGACACCCGGUGGGUGCCGCGCUACCCUGGGGUGCCCCAAAACCCUCGGCCGGGCUCGCAGGGCUCCUCUCGGGAUCGCAGCCACUUUUCCAGGGAACUUCCAGUUGGAAACUCCCCGGUGAUCCCUGGCAGUGGGGUCGAACCAUCGGGUACGGGGCCGGCACCGGGGAGAGGCCGAGCCCCGUCGCGGCGGCCGCUGCCCCCUGGCUCCGCGGUGGUUCGUGCCGCGCGGCCGCGAUUGGCCGAGCGCUUAAAGGGGCCGGCAGCGCGCGCUUUUCCGCCCCGCGGCGCGGCGGCGGCAUCGGCGCGUGCCCCCUCGCCCGCGCGGCGCUGCCCGGCACGCGGGGCGGGGGCCAUGGACGGCGGCCGCCGCGGGACACAAAGGAUGGGGCGGCGGCGGCGGGCGACGCGGCGCGGGGCCAUGGCGGCGGCGGUGGCGGCGGGGCCGGGCAUCGGCGGCGGCGGCAGCCCGCGGUACAGCCUGCUGGCCGAGAUCGGCCGCGGCGCCUACGGCGUGGUGUACGAGGCGGUGUCGGGCCGCAGCGGCGCCCGGCUGGCGGUGAAGCGGAUCCGCUGCGACGCUCCCGAGAACGUGGAGCUGGCGCUGGCCGAGUUCUGGGCCCUGACGAGCCUCCGGCGGCAGCACCCCAACGUGGUGCGCUUCGAGGAGUGCGUCCUGCAGCGGCACGGCCUGGGGCAGCGCAUGAGCCACGGCAACAAGCGCAGCCAGCUCUACCUGCGCCUCGUCGAGACCUCCCUCAAAGGUGAGAGGAUCCUGGGCUAUGCAGAGGAGCCUUGCUACCUGUGGUUUGUCAUGGAGUUCUGUGAAGGGGGAGACCUCAACCAGUACGUGCUGUCCCGAAGGCCCGACCCUGCCACCAACAAGAGCUUCAUGCUGCAGCUGACCAGUGCCAUUGCCUUCCUGCACAAGAACCACAUUGUCCACCGGGACCUGAAGCCAGACAACAUCCUGAUAACUGAGAAAUCUGGCACCCCUGUGCUCAAGGUGGCUGACUUUGGGCUGAGCAAGGUCUGUGCUGGCCUGACUGCUCGGGGCAAGGAGGGUGGGCAUGAGAACAAAAAUGUGAAUGUGAACAAGUACUGGCUGUCCUCAGCCUGUGGCUCUGAUUUCUACAUGGCACCCGAGGUGUGGGAGGGACACUACACUGCCAAGGCUGACAUCUUUGCCCUCGGCAUCAUCAUCUGGGCCAUGAUUGAGAGGAUCACCUUCAUUGAUGCUGAGACCAAGAAGGAGCUGCUGGGGACUUACAUCAAGCAGGGGACCGAGAUUGUGCCCGUCGGGGAAGCGCUGCUAGAAAACCCAAAGAUGGAGCUGCACAUCCCUCAGAAACGCAGGACUUCCAUGUCUGAGGGGAUCAAGCAGCUCUUGAAAGACAUGUUGGCUGCUAACCCACAGGAUCGACCUGAUGCCUUUGAGCUUGAAACCAGAAUGGACCAGGUUACAUGUGCUGCUUAAAUUCAGGCAGGGCACCGCUGUGCUUUGCAGCUGGAUUUAUUUACCAGGGACCCAUAAUCUCCAUUAUUUAUGUGCAAGAAGGAAGUCAAAGAUAAGGGAAGAUGAUGAUACAGAAGAUCCCUGGUCUACAGGAUCUCUGGCAAUGUGAAAUAUUUGGGUGUUAUUUUUUUGUGUUGGGAAGGGUGUUGUGGGGGUGUGGGAGGGGGCUGCAGGUGCCUGUGGAAGAACACAAGCUGGCAGCUGUCACUCACAAAACUUUGAAACAAGAUCCAGAGAGCAGAGCUGCCCUUGCCCAGCCCUCCCCGUGUCUCCUGUGCUGCUGUUUGACUCAUUAGAUGUUCCUAGGGAUGUGGUUCCGUAAGGAAGUGGGAAUCAGCAGCCUGAUGGUGAGGUGUACUGCCAGGCACCAGCUCUAAGUCCAGCUGGGCACAGUUUUGGGUUCAAAGCUAUUGAUUUUGCCUAGGGAAAAUGGGAGCAAAGUGGUGGGUAGGUUGGCAUUGGGAGUGCAGUGCUUUAGGAAAAAUGAAUCUCUUGGGCCACAUAUUGCAAGCAGCUAAAUAACUUCAUAGCCAGGCAGCUCCUGAAUAGGUGAUGCUGCCCAGGCUUAUGAGCAGCUGACAUUAGGAUAGAGUAGGAUAAACAAGCUGGAAAGCCAUUUGGCAAAGCAGGUCUUCCCAAGCUGGAUUUUAUGAUCAUCUUUGUUACUGUCUUUCUAUACAGAGGGAGCUGGGGAGCUGCUGAGUACAUUUUCAGGUUGACAUCAUCUGAGUACAAGAGAAACAGAAAGCAGUCCACUGCUCUGAUGCAUUUAAUGCCAAACUUCAGUCAAUAGGAACAAUGCUGUGGAGAGAAGGAGGUUUGGCCUAAUGGGUCAAGGGCUGGAUUUUUUAGCCUCCCACAGGACACUUUUCCUUGCUAGCUAAUGAUCUCCAGGAAGCAAAAGGCAAUGCUGCUAUUCAGGAUAGGCUACAGUAUAGUACAGCUCAGGUCAGGAGAUUGGAACCUCAGGCUGAGCACUUAAAACUCUAUUUCCUUGCCUAUAUUUAAAGCAAAACUCAAUUUCUGGGGCUGCCCUGUGUUGAUCUUUAGACUUUGUUCACUGUAAAUGCAAUGUAAAGCACCACCUCUUCUCCACCCUGCAGCUUCUGAACCACUUAAAAUGCUUCUCAGCAGGUGAAAUCACCAGCAGUGGUUUGGGAAGUGGCUGGUCUGACCCAGGGUGCUCAGUCUGGAGCUGGCCAUGGCCACGAGCAGGACAGGGUCCCCCUGGUCCCCUCAUCCCUGGCUGUGGGAACUGCUCCUUGCCUGCAGCUUUCCUCUGCCAUCACUGGAAGGUUCCUAACUGGCAGCACCUCCAUGUAUCUCCUCAGUGUACUGAGCUGAGCUCACAGGAAUUAACAGAAAUGGAGGAAAUUCAGGUGGGCUCAGGCAGAGCAGGGAAAGGGUGGAGGGGCUUCUUUCUUUUCUUCCAUCUUUUCCAGGACACAAAGCUAAAGCUGUGGCUGCAGAAAGGCCUGGUCCUUCUUAGGAGGACCAGGAGGCUCCAGACUGGCUGUCUGUGACUUGUGAAGCUUAGGACAGCACAAAUGCACUGCCAAGCCCUUGUUCUCACACUGUGCUUAUGUUUGUCCCUAGGGAUGCUUCUAUGGGCUGCAGCUGGGUGGGAUUCCUGCAGCUUCCUGUACUGCAUCCCACAGGAAGGGGAGAGUGAACCAUUUAGCUCACAAGUGCAGUGUUAGUGCCCUGAUCACUGGACCAUCCUUCCUCCACCUGGCAGAGCCUUUGCUCCUGACUGUCACAGCUGUUCUAAGCGAACCCUGGCCUGAACGGGUGCAGUAAGAGGGCAGGAGAUGAAGCUGGAAGGCAGUGAGUGGAUUGCCCUGUUCUUCUCAGAACAGGAGUGAGUCCAGCAGGCCUUGGGAGGGUCAGCCCUCUUGGUCCACUGCUGUUUCAGGCCAUCUUCAAACCACAUGUCUCCACCUCAGCUUUUGCAUUGCAGAUGUGUUUUUCAAGCAGCUUGAUGUUAGUGAGCUAGACCGUAGUGCCUUAUUUAGGAUUAGCAAACACUUCCAAGGAGGAGUCCUAGGGCUGCUAGCCUUUGGCCAACAUGGAUGUUUCCCUGAUUAGUUUGUCCUUUUAAGAGCAUUUCUCUCUGAUUUUGCUGCUGUUUGUGCUCAAUUCCCCAGACUAUAUAGGAACCUGCCUUGUGUUUACAGCUCCCCACAUCUCUCCUUCAGUUACUUUGGCCCAGACCAGCACUCCCUCUAGAACAAGGUGGGAACAGCUCAAACCUGCAUAUGCUGUGGGAUGAUGGAGAAUGUUUAGUCUUUUCCCAGGUGGGUCUUUUGGGCCUCACCUGCCCAGCUCCUGCAGGCCAAACUUCUUCCUCUGCUGUGGAAGUUUGGCACCAGGAUGCACUGCUGGGAAAAUCCAAGUUUAAGAAAGCAGCCUCGAGGCUGUGGCCCAUUUCCCAGCCCAGGGCCAUGCUGUCUGUCUCUUCCUGGCUGCAGUGAAGCUGAGCAUCCAGGUGCUGGGGGUAGCUGGUUAGUGUGGGGGGAGCCAAGCCCCCCUUGCAGAACUCUCUGGGCUCGUUGGCCCCAGAUGGUGCCCGUGCCAGGGGAGUGAUUGUAUGAAACUGUUUACUUCUGAU